GUCACAUACUGUAGCAUGUGUUUCCACAUCACUACAACUUUAAGGAGAGGGACAUUCCUGCGCGUUUCUGCAGGAAAUCACAUGGAGGUGCCAUCGCACUCACAUGACAUCUAAACUAUGGCAGCGGACAUCAAUGAAGGAUCUGUCCCUUCAUACUAUCGUGAAAUACAUCAAGCCAUCUGCUCCAGAACUGAUGAACGAGUGCCAAUCAGUGUUUUCCAAAGAGUUCUCAGCAGAACAUCUCUCUCCGCCACCGUUCAAAACCAGAUAGCUGAACAUGUAAACAGUGGUGAUGGAUUCCUAAAUAAAGUCUCGCUGUAUAAAGGUUUGGCUCUCAUUGCCCUUGCUCAACAAGGAAAACCACCAAGUCCCAAACUGCUGGAGAAUUUCAUACAAGAGUUCCCGAAGCCUCAGCUGGGAGAGCCGAAGGAGCUUCAGAGUCUGAAGAUGCAGCCGGUUCAGGAGAAUCCUUUGAACUUGUCUUUGACCCUGGCAGAGCUGUUGAAGAAGGACACCAUCAAAGUUGAGCUCAUUCCCGAGAAGAAGGGGCUGUUUCUUAAACAUGUGGAAUAUCAGGUCACCAGUGACCGUUUUACAGUAUCAGUCUAUCGGCGAUACACCGAUUUUGACGUCUUCCAUGAGCUCCUGCUUCAGAGAUAUGCUUACAGAGUCGUGCCGGCGCUUCCUCCCAAAAGAGCGCUGAAAGGAGUCCUGACCUCCAUGUCAGAGCGAGAGUUCAUUGAAGGGCGGAGACGAGCUCUGGCCAGGUUUCUGAAUCUUGUGGCACGACACCCUGUCUUUUCUGAGGAUGAGCUUGUGAAAACAUUCCUCACCUUCAGUGGCUCGGAUGUCCAAACUAAGCUUAGAGAUGCUUGCAAAAAAUUGGGUGAUGAGUUCAUGACUUGCAAAUAUGCAACGCAGGCCAAGGAUUACCUCCCAGCGGAUAUCCAAAGUCAGUUUUCAUCCAGCAGAGAGCUCAUCAAAAAUAUCCAUAACAGUUUUCAGAAGUUACGUGACAGGGCGGAGAGGAUGUCCGAGCGCUCGAAGGAGAACGCCACCGAUCUGCUGAUGUUUGGGAAGGAGCUCAGUUCUUUGGGAUCAGAUGAGUCACCUGUGCCUAUCCUGGCAUCCUGCAAGAGUCCUUGGGCUGCUCUCAGACGCUCUGUCAAAGGGCUUUCUGUUGAGUUCUCACUUCUGUCUGAAAAAGCUGCCCAACAGGGCAGAAGAGAGGAGGAUGAUGUGGUGGAAAAACUGAAUCUGUUUCUGGACUUGCUGCAGUCGUACAGGGACCUGUGCGAACGGCAUGAAAAGGGGGUCUUGCACGAACACCAGCGAGUGCUGCAGAAGUACGGUGUCAUGAAAAGACAAAUGAUGAGUGCCACGGUCCAGCCUAAAGAACAGGUUUCUGUCGAACAGCUGGAGUCCCGCAUUGUCCAGCAAGAAAACGCCAUUCAGGUCAUGGAGCUGCGCAACUACUUUUCCCUGUUCUGCCUGCACCAGGAGAGCCAGCUCAUAUUCACAUACCUGCCCAUUACAUCCCACAUCCUGGGGGCAUUUGUAGACUCACAGGUGCAAGGACAUAAAGAGAUGGGAGACGUGUGGCAAGAUCUUCAUUCCAAGCUUAAAAGUCUUUUUGGGGACGGUAACGGACAGUGUCCACCUCUCAGCCCAAAAUAGCUUCCCUUCUGUGAUUUCAGAAUCGAAAGAAGACAGUGAACUCCAGCCUGUUUUGAAUAGCAGGAUCUAUUCAGGAACUACAGACAGUCAGUAUUCUUUUUCGCACAGAAUUAUAGGGAAGUACUUCUAUGUAAAUGUGUUAUGUGGCACUUCCCAAAAUAUGUCUGAAUUGAGAAAGGCCCUUAAUUUCCCAGUUUGAACAAACUGACACCUAAAAUUAAAGGCUGAUGUUGUUGAGAAUAAGUUUAGGAAAUGCAACAAGAUGCUACAACAUUGUAUUAAUGUUUAAAACGUAAACUAAUCUGAAAGAGAAAUUUGACAUUGUACAAAACAUUGUGAAAGAUGACCUAUAUCUUCUAUUUUAGUGUAAUACAUAUGUAAUAUAUAAAGAAAUGAGCUGAGAAGCUAAUAGCCAGUCAGUUGAAUAUACUUAGCAAACAUAGGAAAUAGGCAGAAGUGAUGUUAUUCAUUGCAAAAGCGUCAUAUUCUUCCUUGUUUAUGGUUUCAGAUGACAGGGAUUUUUCUGCCAAUCUAAUUGUUGUCUAUUUUUGAAUCUUCAGACUUGCACUUCUUGUGCUUGCAGCUUUGUUUUGUUUUCAUAUUUCAUCUGUAUUUGUAAGUAAUAUUUACACUACCAUUCAAAAGCUAGUAAGAUAUUCAGCAAGAAUGUAAGAUUUUAUUUUUUGAAAGAAAGUAAAACUUUUAUUCAGCCUGAGCACAAUAUAUUUAGCAAAAGUCACAGUGAAGACAUUUGUGACCCUGGACCACAAAACCAGUCUUAAGUCGCUGGGCUAUAUUUGUAGCAAUAGCCAGAAAUCUUUCUUUUAUGGCAAAAAUCAUUAGGAAAUUAAGUAAAGAUCAUGUUCAAUGAAGAUAUUUUGUAAAAUUCCUACUGUAAAUGUAUGAAAACUUAAUUUUUGAUUAGUAAUAUACAUUAUUAAGUAUAUUAUUUGGACAACUUUAAAGGCGAUUUUCUCAAUAUUUUGAUUUUUUUUUUACACCCUCAGAAUCCAGAUUUUAAAAUAGUUGUAUCUCGGCCAAAUAUUGUCAUAUCCUAGCUUUCAGAUGAUGUACAAAGCUCAAUUUUGAAAAAUUGACCAUUAUGACUGGUUUUGUGAUCCAGGGUCACAUUUGUAGUGUUACAAAAGAUUUCUAUCUCAAGUAAAUGCUGUUCGUUUGUACUUCCUGUUCAUUAGAGAAUCCUGAAAAAAUGUAUCACGGUUUCCACAACUGUUUCCAACACUGACAACAAAUGUUUCUUGAGCAGCAAGUCAGCAUACACUUGCAUUCUUGCUGAGCGUUACCAUGAAGUAUUUGAUCUUUUUAACAGUAGUGUAUACAGAUGAACACUUUCAAACUACUCUGACAGUUCUGUCAAAUGUGAAAUGUAUUUUCUGUAGUUAAGCCUGAGCCUGGAGAGUCUUUAAAUCAAGGAAUAACUACAAUGGGCAUGAAAUUACUACUUAUUAUUAGCUGCUCUGUACACCAAAGGCCUGUUUUCAUUCAAUAAAUCAAUCUAAUUUGCUAGUAAGCUAUCAUGUGAACUAUACUUCACGAUAUGUCAGAUUUGUUUAAAAAAAAGUUUUACUUUCAGUUUACCAUAAUGUUGUAUAGAUGACAUUGCUGUUGGCUGAUAAUGCAUGUAUCAUGCAUAUUUUUGUCUUAAUUGUUUAACAUUCCCUUUAGCCGAAUUUAUUAUCAGUUGUAAAUGUUUAAAUUUUAUGCUUGGCACAAGUAAAGAAUUAAAGAAAUGAGA